UUGUUCUGUCGCCAUGCAGUACGCUUAAAGUGAAUAAUCGAACGAAUAUACCUUGUGUUUAUCGUCUUUGGCGAAAAUGGAGGUGUCACUUCACUCCACAGCUUGACGGAGACGCUGGGGUGUCAAAGUGUUUUUGAUUGUAUGUUUUAGUCCCGUGAGAUUGUUGAAUCCGGGAAGAAAAUUGAACUAAAAUGACGUCCCGGUUGGAGAAGGAGCGUACUAAACAAAUACAGGAAAAAUGUCAGACCUUGUUAACCCAAAUGCUUCGAGAUGAAGACAAUAAAUAUUGUGUUGACUGCGAUGCGAAAGGACCGCGAUGGGCCAGUUGGAACCUUGGGAUAUUUUUGUGCAUUCGCUGCGCUGGUAUACACAGAAACUUGGGUGUUCACAUAAGCAAGGUCAAGUCUGUGAACUUAGACACAUGGACACCGGAACAAGUUGUGAGUCUUCAGCAAAUGGGUAAUUCCCGAGCUAGAGCUGUGUAUGAAGCAAAUCUCCCAGACAGUUUCCGUAGACCACAGUCAGAUUCUAGUCUGGAAAGUUUCAUCCGGGCAAAAUAUGAACAUAAGAAAUACAUUGCCAAAGAAUGGGUACCACCGUCUUUACCUAAGGUAAACUGGGACAAAGAACUUGAUGAAGAAGCGGAAAGACAACGUAGACGCAAAAAGGAGGGAGCAAAAAGUAGCGGGGGACAGACAGCACUACCGCCAGUAAAAAAGCCAGAAGCAGUUCCGCAGCUUCCUAAACCUCGCAGUUCUGUCAGCCCGAAAUCAACUAGAGCCAAUCCGUCCGCUACUCUAGAUUUGUUAGGAUUAGAUGCACCAUCAAGCCAAAGCAAUACCAACAGUUCAGCAUCUGGCGAUGAUAUAUUUUCUUCGUUCCUAUCAGCCCCACCAGCCUCAAUAUCAUCUUUAAACAGUGCUGCAAAUGCAACAACCGCAGAAGCGGCAGCUUCUGCUGAAAAAACUGAAGAAGAAAGCUUCUUUAAUCAGCCUGUGCCCACACCUCAAGAAAAGAGUAAAAUGACAAAAGAUAGUAUUCUGGCGCUCUAUGCCACUCCCAAUCAACAGCAAAGCAUUUUUGGAGUUUCCGCAGGAGGUAUGUAUGCUCAGCAAACAACAGCGCAACAAUUUCCACAACAGAUGACUGCAAUCCCUGGGUUUGGCCAGCAAAACAGUUUUCAAAAUCAUUCGAUCAACUCUCUUGGAAUAGUUAACCCUGUCCAAGGACAGGUGGGAAUGCAAAAUCAAUUGGGCAGUUUACCCUCCAAUCAAGUAGGUGCCCAAUUAAACCCAGCAUUAGGGAAUCACCUUGCAGGAAACAAUAUCAAUCAAAUAAAUGGUGUGCAAAAUACCGCAAUGGGAAUGCCGGGCAAUCAAAUGGGGGGAAUGGUCCAAAUUGCCCAAAAUGGAUCGAAUAACGGAUGGAGUGGAAUGUUGGCAACACAGAACUUACAACCUGCUCCAGGUAGUAAUCCUUUUUUUAAUUUACCAAACCAACAACAGAGCACUGCGUUCGCCAAUCAGCUUCCCCAACAGAUGACACAACUGUCGUUAGGAGCAACCAGUUUUCCACCAGUGUCUGGAAAACCGGCUUCCCCUAUGAUGCCUGGGCAAACACUAUCGACCAACUUAUGGCAGUAAUACAGUCUACCAUAUAGAUAAUCGGUUUAUUCGUUUAAUCGAUGUUGUGCGCUCGCGUUGUUAGGCCUAUUUUGUUUCGACAUGUUUAUUCACGAUCCAACGUUGUCACUCAUCUAAGAAAUCGGGUAACAGAAAGAAGCGCCCUCAGACUUUCAAGAAGUAGACACAACAAUGGCGUACCAUUACAUGACGAGACACCUUAUAAUGGAAUCAAAGUAUUAUCUAACUUCAAAUACGAAAAUCAAUAUCUUAAAACAAAUUAUCUCAGUGAUAUUGGGGUUCUAGAACCCCUUGAAGAUCAGGGAUGACCUGUAUACCUGUGCAAAGAAAACUUUAUCAGUAAUCAAUUCAGAAAUAUAAUAAUGAAAAUACAAUAACGUUACUUCUUACAUAAAUUUAUCUGUCACUGUACAGUUCAGCGUUCGUGCCUAUAUCGUCAACUCUUAUCUAUUUUUCUGAUUCUAUCGGCUAGUGAAAGAAUAUUGGUAAUGAAUUUUUCUCUAAUAAUAUUAAUAAAUAUCUACGGCAUAAACGAAAAAUCUGUUAUUCCCGUCAUUAGCGCUAUAAAUUAUUUUACACUCACAUUAUUUGACAUCUGCCAAUAACUGUAGAUAUGAUUCACAUUUAUGUUCAAGGCAGAUAUUAAUGCAGAAUGAUUGUUUAAGCUCGUGGUUUGUCACAACUCACUCGGUAUGUACAUAGAAGCCCUGAAACUACCAAGAACUAUAUAAUUCAUCGAUUAGCCCUUGAGUCUGUAAGCAUACAGGCUUUGAAAUGUCAUAUCAAAGUAGAACUGGCUGAAAACUAAAAUUGAAAAACAAGAAGACUGACUAGCAAUGAAAACAGUGCAUGAACUAACACAGUAUGAGCUACUGCCUAAAGUGUCGUCACUACUAAUAAACGUGCCAAGACCUUACAAAAACAUGGAACUUGUUACGAUAAUUUCUUCUCAAAUUAUUUUUAUUAAUUUAACAAUAUUUUACAUCACUUCACCAUGUUGACAAUGGCGAUUAAAUAGGUGCAACAUUAUUGCUUCGUAUUUUCGACUGUAUUAAUGCAGCAAACCAAAUGUUCAGGGCUAUUAACGUAAGGCUUAUCACCCUGCAAAGGGACACUGGAUUUGAGUGGAUCUCAAAACCUUGUUGACUCGAAAUUAAAAUUUUCGUAUAAUUAAGAAUCCAAAGAAAUGGAAAUUCCUAUACUAACAUCUUUCUAAUACCUUGAGUAAAACGACAAUUCGAGCGGCAAACACAUGCGAUAAAAGUUGUCAAAAUUCACCUUAUUAUGGUAAAAUAUAUGUGCCCUUCUAAGAUUAAACAAUUCCAUGUACCAAGUUUCAGAGUUUAAUCAAUUGUAAUGAUAUUGUGGUAUGCAAUUUCGACAAAUACGUUUCGUGUUAUUAUAGCAAGAUAACAGAAUAUUAAAUUGAAAAACCAUAUUGAACUUCUCAAUUGGAGGAAUGUCAUCCUUGGAAGUUCAAACAUUUCUCCGAUCUGAACUAUGUAUUCGUGGAACACUGAGCACGAACGAAACUUAAAUAAUAUAGACAAUAAUUUUUGCCAUGUUUGCGAUCUCCGAAUUAUGCUUGAUAUAAAACCGAGUAAUUUUGAAUGGGUAUUUAAAGAGAUCACUAUGGCACUAGAAUUUCACAAUAAACGAAGCAUUCACACACACACACACACACACACAUAUAUAUAUAUAUAUGUUGGACCAUCCUCGUUUUCUCGCUCUAGUAUUAUUAAAUCUUACUCAUAUCCAAUAAAGACAUCUCAUCUUCAACUCAUUUUUUCUCAAAUAAAUCAUAGAGUUACCUGCUUACUAUACAAGGAGCUAUAUUUGGAAUGAUAGUAGAAUUUAUUUAAUCGCGUCUUUUUUUUGUUAGCUUAAUAUUGAAUCAUUUUACAUGUGUAGAAAUCCGAUAGCAUGUUAUGUAACCAAUAAAUGAAAUAUUGGAUGCUGAUCAGAUUAUAUUUAGCAAGCAAGGGUUAGCAUGUAGUCGAUUAUGUCAUUUAUCCGUAUUUGAAGAAACCAAAUUGCAAAUUGAUUGCAUAAUUCACUACACUUCGUGCGUCCUUGAUACUGUGGAACACAAAAAUGUUAUCAGUUUAGCUAUACAUUAUAAUUACCUUUAGUAACUUUAAUAAGAAUAUCCUGCGGACCUAUCCACUAUGUACGUACAUUAAAGGUGCUAUCACACUUGAACAUUAUGUACGACAUUUGUAGGUUCGUUAAUAUGAAAUCAAAGUUUCAAUCCGUGUAUCGUAUAGCCAUGUAAAAAUAUGCAUAUGUACAUACAUAAUACAUAUAUUAUUAUGCCUGCGAAGAAUAGUUGAUUAAAAUUUUCGGUAAAUUUUAUCAGGUCAGACCGUCAUUUUUGAACGAUAUUUUGAGGAAAUUGAUCUCUUUUACUGCCCAGGAGGUGCACACAAGUAUAAUAGUCACCACCUCAUAUUUGCUAAUAUUUUGUAGCGGUUAAUCGGCUGAUAUGUACUUGAUUUCAGCAAAAAUCAUAUGAAUUCUGUAAACUGUAAGAAGUUUAUUCUAUUUGAACAAAUAUAUUUGUACAUAUAUAGUAAACUCACAUUGAUGGAA